AUGACAAGUGCUGGACAAGCUAUUAAAAUGGAUGACGAGGAAGUUAUGGAUGUUAUUAAUGCGUUUGCGGCUUUGGGAGUCAAACCUAAAGCUUCAUCUAAAGAGGAUUUGGUAGCAUGGAUGGAGGCUUUUACCGAGUCUCGGAAGCCUACUGUUCAGGAUAAGCCCACUGUGACACCUCACAAGGAAGAAAGGGAUAAGCCUUUGCGUGUACUACCUACCCCUCCAAAACUUUCUACAUUUUCAGGUGAUGACGAUUUAAGGUCUAUUGUAAUGUCGCUUGCUUCAUCUAUGAAGGAGUUGAAGGACGAGGUGAGAAGUUUAAGGAAGCAACCAGCCACUACCAUCAAUGCUAUGAAGUCUACCACCAGCACUUCUCAGGAAAGAACAACUACAACUGAGGAAGAUGAACCAACAUGUUUCAAAUGUGGAAAGAAAGGUCACUUGGCAUAUGGUUGUAGGACUAAGAAGCCGUUAAACUCCAGGAUGUCAUCGUCGAGGGGCAGACGAUAG